CAGUCUUCAUCGGAACACUAAGGCCCUUUUUUUUUAAUCAUCAUCACCAACAACAACUAUUUCUCUCUUUCUACGAGGGAUUUACACUUUGAUCAUUCGUUUGGAAUCUGUAACGAUGAAGCUCCUAGUAAUCUUCUGCAUUACCGUUGCAGUCGUACUCGCUGCAUCCGAAGACGACAAAAAAGAACCGGAACGACCUAAAACAUUCAGAAGGCUCAUACCUGCCGAUGUUCUUCGUGAUUUCCCCGGCAUGUGUUUUGCUUCAACCAGAUGCGCAACCAUAGAACCAACUAAAACUUGGGAGCUUUCACCUUUCUGUGGUAGAUCAACUUGCGUACCGGCCGAUGACAAUUCUGGUCGUCUUUUCGAAUUGGUAGAAGAUUGUGGACCAUUACCCAAGGCCAAUCCAAAAUGCAAACUUUCCGAUAAGACUAAUAAGACCGCAAGCUUCCCAGACUGUUGUCCAAUUUUCGAAUGCGAGGAUGGAGCUAAAUUAGAAUACCCAGAGAUUCCAACUUUGGCACCACCUACGGAAAUCAUUGAAGUUGAAAAAGUGGCUGAAACGACAACGGCAAAAGCUUAAUUAUCAAUGAUUACUUUCUAUUGAUAUAUUUUUUUUUAAUUCUACCCUUUUUUAUAUUUUAUUUUAUUUGUAUGAUUUUUGUUUUAUUCGAAAGCGAAUAACACAUUUUAAAGCUCUCUUUUCUUCUCUCUUUUAAUCACGCCCGAUUUCUAAUUAGUAUUAACAGCAUCAUAGCCAUCGGAUAAUGGCGAAAUAAAUCGUAAUAGUGCCGCGAAUAAUUGGUUCCUGGCAACUGGUUAACACAACUUGUAUCAUUAAUUUUACUUGCAAAUCUCUUUAUGGAACGUUACUUUCACUUCGAUUCCGGGUUAUAAAACUAUCGAUCAAGACUCUCGAAUAAGGCGCAUCCGAGAAACCUUUAGACGCUUUCGUCUAAAAUAUCAGAGGACACCGAGAUCAUUAAUUCCUUUUUUUUUUGUUUUCUUUUUUGUUUUUAAUCUUAAUAUCUGCUCAAUGAUUAACUGCGUUACGCUUUGCUAGUUCGUCAUGGUUCAAACAUAACGUGAUCGUACUUUUUAUAUAUUUAAUGCUCCCGUGCACGAUAAUUUUCGCCAAGCUUGCAUUUGUCGAUCCUAAUUUCCUUA